AUGAGUCCACGCCAGGUGCCUAGCGGCGACGGCUGCCUGUGGGCCCGGCGCAUGCAGUGGCGGCGGCGGCGGCGGCGGCGGCUGCGGCUCUUCCUCUCCACGCUAAAGCCCGGGAUCCACGUUCCCCAGGCCGAGCCCGUGGCUGCGUUCAGCUCCUCCGUGACCUCCGCCAAAGUGGCUGUGAACGGCGUCCACCUGCACUAUCUGCGGACUGGAGAUGGAGAGCACGCAGCCCUGCUGCUCCCAGGAAUGCUGGGAAGUGGAGAGACUGAUUUUGGACCUCAGAUUGAGAACCUGAAUAAGAAGCUCUUCACGGUGGUUGCCUGGGAUCCCCGAGGGUACGGACGUUCCAGACCCCCAGAUCGAGAUUUCCCAGUAGAAUUUUUUGAAAGGGAUGCAAAAGAUGCUGUUGAUUUGAUGAAGAUGCUGAAGUUUAAGAAGGUCUCUUUGCUGGGGUGGAGUGAUGGUGGGAUAACAGCCCUCAUUGCAGCUGCAAGAUACCCGUCCUACAUCAACAAGAUGGUGAUCUGGGGGGCCAACGCCUACGUGACCGACCAGGACGAGGAGAUUUAUCGGGGUAUCCGAGACGUGUCUCAAUGGAGUGAGAGAACAAGAAAGCCUCUGGAAGCCCUCUAUGGGUUCGACUACUUUGCCAGAACCUGUGAAAAGUGGGUGGAUGGCAUACAACAGUUUAAGCGUCUUCCAGAUGGUAACAUCUGUCGGCACCUGCUGCCCCUGGUUCAGUGCCCCACCCUAAUCGUGCACGGUGAGAAGGAUCCUCUGGUCCCGAGCUUCCAUGCCGACUUCAUACACAAACACGUGAAGGGGUCACGGUUGCAUCUGAUGCCAGAAGGCAAGCACAACCUGCAUUUACGUUUUGCAGAUGAAUUCAACAAGUUAGUGGAAGACUUCCUACAGUGACAGUGCCCCCGAGGACCUGUGACCUGUGAAUCCUGAGCCUGGGGCUUGAGCCUGGUGCUGCCUUUGAAACCCACCUGCGGGUCACCCCCCAGUUCACCUGCCUUUCCAGGCUCCCCGUGCCUCCCCACAAACUGCUCCUAAUCCAGCAGCAAUAACGACAUAUUAUAAGCAUCCUCUAGCUUUCAUAGCUA